GAGCCAUAUAGAGUGAAAACACUAAAUGCUUACCCACGCUUAGAAUUCAAAAAGAUGAACAUGGCCACUGCAAAGGUACUAGCAAAGAGCAAAGAUAGGAGGCUAGCAAUGUUGAGGUUGAAGGUGAAAGAAAAAGUAUGGCCAAACCAUUCAAGAGUGAAGCAACAAUCCAAGAGUGAUGCUCACAAGUCUGGUGCUUCAUUGGGGAGCAAACAAAUCAAAGUGAAGGCAUCCAUGCCUCACGAAGCUAAAAUGCCCAAGGAAAAUGAAGAGAAGACAAGCAUCCCUCAGCCUCUAACUAAGGGCAAAGGAGGCCAUAUCUUUAUUCCUGACAAUGAUGAAGUUUCAUCUAAGGCAAAGGAGGCCAAGAAUGUGGAGGCUCUGAUGAAGAACAUGGAUGAGGCUUCGGCGAAGGACAUGGAGAAGGCUUUGACGAAGAAUAUGGACGAAGCUCUAGUGAGGCUUGAAGCUUGCUGUAAGAUCAUUGCUGAUGAAGCAGAUGAGCCUUCACCACUUGGCAGCAUAAUUGGCUUGAUUGAUGACAUCUUUGAUUGGAAUGAUUUUGCAUCAUUUGCAGCUCAAGACUUUUGCCUUUUGUAUGGAUAUCAGCCAGUCGAGACAGCAACAAAGAGCAAGCCUAAAGAAUCACCGUAUUUUAAAGCCGAUGAUAUUUUCUUGGCGCUAAAGAAGUCUUCGAUUGAAGAAAAUGUUGAGAUUGAAAUUGUUGAGGAAAAAGAAAUUCAAGUAGCUGCCAACAAAGAUAAAGGCAAAAAGGUUGUUAAAGAGCCUAAUCCAAAGUCCAAUGAAGAUAGUGACAUGAAAUCUACCAAGAGUGAUGAAGUAUCAAGAGAUAACCCUUUGCUAGAGAAAGGCAUGCCAUACUUAGCUGUAGCUCCAGAAGAAUCCAUUCCCAGCAAAGAUGAGAUAAAUGUUGAUGAACCAACCAUAUGCAUAGCGAAGAAGGCUGUUAGCUUUGGAAAAAUCAUAUCUGAGAACAAAUGUUUCUUGGUUCCAGCCAAGUUGAGUAAUAGAGAAAACAUGCGCAACAAGGCUAAGAAAGUAUUGAUUGAAAAUGCCUUCAUAAAUCUUUGUGCGACUAUGAGGCACAUGGAAGUAACUCCCUUUGCUGAGAUGGAUGAGGAAUUCUUUCAUUUGUGUAAUGAUGCCAUAGAUGAAGCCAAGAACAUAAACUUUGAAGUUGAAGCUACUUGGGUUGGCGAAGGCAAACCUUGGUAAAGGCAAGUUCAACAUGGCUGGGAGUGGCAUGGUUGGCAACUGGGAUGAGCAGAUUGAGGAGUAGGCGAAGCAUGUUGAAAAUGUACAAAAAUCCUUGGCUGAGAUAAAAGAACUAAUGCUUA